GAAAGAAAGCAAACAGAAAAAAGAUUUCUUCCCGCUGAUAUCACAGAAACUAAAACCAAAGCGUCAAUGAAGAUCAAGAGCAAAGCCUUUUCACUUCUCCUUCUCUUUCUUUCAGAAUUUUUGCUAGGAUUAGCAGCAGCGGCUGCAAAUGAUUCUCCAAAACUUGGAACAGUGAUUGGUAUAGAUCUCGGGACUACAUAUUCUUGUGUGGGCGUUUCUCGUAACGGUCACGUAGAGAUUAUAGCCAACGAUCAAGGCAACAGAAUAACUCCAUCAUGGGUGGCCUUCACUGACACUGAACGUCUGAUAGGAGAGGCUGCAAAGAAUCAAGCAGCUUUUAAUCCAGAAAACACAAUCUUUGACGUUAAGCGUCUCAUUGGAAGAAAAUUUGAUGAUCCAGAGGUUCAGAAAGAGAUAAAAUUCUUGCCUUAUAAGGUGGUGAACAAGGAUGGGAAACCUUAUAUACAAGUGAAAGUGAAAGGGGAGAAUAAAGCUUUUAGCCCUGAAGAGAUCAGUGCUAUGGUGUUGGGGAAGAUGAAGGAGACAGCUGAGGCAUAUUUGGGGAAGAAGAUAAAAGACGCAGUGGUCACUGUUCCAGCUUAUUUCAAUGAUGCGCAAAGGCAAGCAACGAAGGAUGCAGGCGCCAUUGCCGGGCUCAAUGUGGUUCGGAUAAUCAAUGAGCCUACUGCUGCAGCUAUUGCCUAUGGUCUAGAUAAGAAAGGAAGGGAGAUGAACAUUUUGGUUUAUGAUCUUGGUGGUGGUACAUUUGAUGUUAGCAUCUUGACUAUUGACAAUGGUGUUUUUGAGGUUCUUUCUACAAGUGGUGACACUCACUUGGGAGGCGAGGACUUUGAUCGGAGAGUUAUGGAGUAUUUCAUCAAAGUGAUAAAAAAGAAGUACAACAAAGAUAUCAGCAAAGACAAAAGAGCUCUUGGAAAACUUAGAAGGGAAUGUGAAAGAGCUAAGAGAGCACUCAGCAGCCAACACCAAGUUCGAGUGGAGAUUGAAUCACUUUUUGAUGGUACUGAUUUUUCAGAGCCAUUGACAAGGGCAAGAUUUGAAGAAUUGAACAUGGACUUGUUUAAGAAGACAAUGGGGCCAGUGAAGAAGGCUUUGGAGGAUGCAGGACUAAAGAAAUCUGACAUCAAUGAGAUUGUUCUUGUCGGAGGAAGUACCAGAAUUCCUAAAGUUCAAGAAUUGUUGAAGGAUAUGUUUGAUGGAAGAGAGCUUAACAAGGGCAUCAAUCCAGAUGAAGCUGUUGCCUAUGGUGCUGCAGUUCAAGGUGGAAUUCUUAGCGGCGAAGGCGGGGAAGAAACAAAAGGUCUUCUUUUGCUUGAUGUUACUCCCCUGAGUCUUGGUAUUGAAACAGUUGGUGGUGUCAUGACAAAAUUGAUCCCGAGGAACACUGUUAUUCCAACCAAGAAGUCUCAGAUCUUCUCCACUUACCAAGACCAGCAAACUACGGUUUCUAUAAAGGUCUAUGAAGGCGAAAGAAGCUUGACAAAGGAUUGUCGUGAGCUUGGAAGGUUUGAUUUGUCAGGAAUUCCACCAGCUCCAAGGGGAGUACCCCAGAUUGAGGUAACCUUUGAGGUUGAUGCCAAUGGCAUCCUGCAUGUUAAGGCUGAGGACAAGGCAGCGAAAAAGUCUCAAUCAAUCACCAUCACCAACGACAAAGGGCGCCUGAGCCAAGAAGAGAUUGAUAGAAUGAUAAAGGAGGCUGAGGAAAUGGCCGAGGAGGAUAGGAAGGUGAAGGAGAAGAUUGAUGCCAGGAACAAGUUGGAGGCUUACAUUUACAACAUGAGGAGUACUAUUAAUGACAAAGACAAGCUUGCGGACAAGAUUGAUUCUGAUGAUAAGGGAAAGAUUGAUAGCACAUUGAAGGAAGCACUUGAAUGGUUGGAUGAUAACCAAAAUGCAGAGAAGGAUGAUUAUGAAGAGAAGUUGAAGGAGGUGGAAGAGGUCUGUAAUCCUGUCAUAAAGCAAGUAUAUGAGAAAAGUGGUAGAAGUUCAGCUGAUUCUGAAGAUGAAGAACCAGUUGAUGAAUUGUAGAUAGCAGAGCAUACAAGAACUGCAAUUUUUUUUCCCAUUUCCAAAUAGAUUUUUGUUGCUGGAGUUUGUUACUUCACAUAGGCAUAUGUAUCAACAUUUAUUUACAGUAGAUGUAAAGCUUCUAAAUGGUUGAUGGAGCACUGUUGAUUUUGUUUCCACAA